AUGCAAACUUUGGCUAGAGACCUAAAUAACAUGAGGGAGUAUUAUGAGAGUGGAAAGACAAAAAAAGCUUCUUGGAGAGAAUCGCAACUCAAAGGGUUGCGUCGUUUCCUCAUGGAAAAAGAGGAAGAUAUCUUGAAGGCCCUCAUGCAAGAUAUAGGGAAACACCAAAUUGAAGCUUUUAGAGACGAGGUAGGAACGUUGAUGAAGUCCUUAAAUACCGCAUUGAGGUUUCUGAAAGAUUGGAUAUCAGGGAAAAAGGCUAAAUUGCCACAAAUAGCAUUGCUUAGUAGUGCAGAAAUUGUUCCCGAGCCUCUGGGUCUUGUCCUCAUUCUUUCUUCUUGGAAUUUCCCCUUUGGACUUUCCUUGGAGCCUCUGAUAGGAGCAGUAGCUGCCGGAAACGCAGUAAUCUUAAAGCCUUCAGAGUUGUCUCCUUCAUGUUCUUCUCUACUUGCCACUGGUCUCGCCACUUAUUUGGACGAUAAAGCCAUUAAGGUUAUCCAAGGAGGACCACAUGAGUCUGAGCAACUACUACAACAACGAUGGGACAAAAUAUUCUUCACAGGAAGUGCACGUGUGGGGAGGAUUGUGAUGUCUGCAGCUGCGAAGCAUCUGACUCCUGUCACUAUGGAGUUGGGUGGAAAAUGCCCUGCAGUCGUUGAUUCCCUUUCAUCUUCUUGGGAUAUAGAGGCGGCUGUGAAGCGGAUUAUGGUGGGGAAAUAUGGGACUUGUGCCGGUCAAGCAUGCAUAGCAAUCGAUUAUGUCCUUGUGGAAAAGGGAUACUGUUCAACAGUGGUACAAUUAAUGAAGGUCUGGAUCAAGAAAAUGUUUGGAGAGAACCCAAAGCAUUCCAACACUAUUGCGAGGAUAGUUAAUAAACAUCACUUCUUUAGAUUGAAGAAUCUUCUUGCUGAUCAAGAGGUCAAUAAAUCUGCUGUUUAUGGUGGCUCAAUGGACGAAGAAAACUUAUUUAUUGAGCCGACAAUCCUGGUGAAUCCCCCACUUGAAGCAGCAAUCAUGGCAGAGGAAAUAUUUGGCCCAUUGCUUCCAAUUAUUACUCUGGAGAAGAUUGAGGACAGUAUUAAAUUCAUAAGUUCUAGGCCUAAGCCUCUUGCCAUUUAUGCUUUCACCAAAAACAAAACACUGCAGAGAAGAAUGGUAUCUGAAACAUCUUCUGGCAGCUUGACUUUCAACGAUGCAAUUAUACAGUAUGUAGCGGAUUCUCUCCCAUUUGGAGGAGUUGGUGAAAGUGGGUUUGGCAUGUACCAUGGGAAGUUCUCCUUUGACACAUUCAGCCACCAUAAGGCGAUUGCCAGAAGAAGUUUCCUCACUGAUUUUUGGUAUAGGUAUCCUCCAUGGACACUCAAUAAGUUUCAACUACUUGAGGUCUCUUACAACCUUGAUUAUCUUGGAUUGCUCCUUGUCCUUUUGGGCUUAAAGAGACCUUCACAACGCAGAUCUUAUUUUGCUAGCUCGUGA